CCAUUAUGCUGAAUAGACAGAUGUGCAGGUCAGGUGAGAGCAGAUCAGCUGAUGUCUGUGUCAGCGGCUGAAGGAGACUUAAACUUGCCCAAGCAGUGCUCUGUGAAGUCGGUGGCUAAACUUAAAGCAUUUUUAUCGUUUGUUGGCAGAGCUUUGGGGACGAGCACGGCGGGCGGUCAGGCUUGCUGACUCUUAGAUAAGUCAUUGGAAAGACUCUUAUAUUAAAAAAUAAUAAAAAAUAAAAUCCCAGACGAAGCGGAAGUCGGGUCAGGCUUGCUGACUCUUAGACCGUGGUUCUUCCUUCGUGCUGAUGACGUACCCCUGACGCCGGCACCAACUGUCCAAUCAGAGCUCGCGCAGCGUCCUGUCGCUACAGCCUUGUUUUGAGCAGUUGUUUCUCGUUUGCUGCUGGAACCGGGACGUCGAGGCUGGUCGUUAUGUCGGUUGGGGCUUUUUCUCCUGGUGGAUUUCAGUCUGAUGGAGAUGGAAACUUCAGCAUCAUCUGCCCUAAUGGCACGGCGUGGGUUUGGUACGGACUCCAGGAGUGUGCCCAGGAUGCCAGAGACAUGGCCAGUGUUAUCCUGGGCCUGCUGUCUAUAGUCUGCUUCAUGGUAUCCACUUUCCCACAAUACUACAAAUCCUGUAGGACAGGGAACAUGGACAGUGCUUUAUCUAUUUGGUUUCUGUUGCUGUGGCUAGCGGGGGACUCGUGUAACCUUAUUGGCUCUUUCUUGGCCGACCAGCUUCCUCUUCAGACAUACACUGCAGUCUACUAUGUCUUUGCUGACCUCGUAAUGCUGAGCAUGUAUUCCUACUACAAGCUGAGGAAUAAAAUGACAAACCGUGAAUUAAUAGGUGGAGGCAGAGCGGUGCUGAAUGCUGUCGGGGUGCUUUGUCUGCUCGGAGUGUCUGCCUCCUUGAUACGACUUCCAGUCUCGUAUGAGCAAUCGAGGAUGGUCUCUGGCUUCAGAGGCCGAUCUCUGCUGGCUGUGGAUGAACAAAUCGGUUCGAUACAGGCUUUUACCACAAAGGAGAUCAUUGGCUUUACAAUCGGCUCAGCCUCCUCAAUGCUCUACCUGUGCUCCAGGCUGCCACAGAUGUACACAAAUUUUCGUCGGAAAUCAACAGAAGGUGUAUCAUACUUCCUGUUUGCUCUGGUCAUUCUGGGUAACAUCACAUACGGGCUAAGUGUUCUGCUGAAGAACCCAGACCGCGGCCAGGGCGAGGGCAGCUACAUCGUACACCACCUGCCCUGGCUCAUCGGUAGCCUGGGGACGCUCACCCUCGACCUCAUGAUAUCUGUGCAGUUUAUGAUUUACCGCAGGGCUCCGCUGGACAACUGUAAUAGAGCAGAAGAGUCUGCUCCUCUUCUGUACAACUGAACCUACGUCCUCUACACCAGUCGUGUUGAGGCAUCGAGGCACUCAGGACGCUCUGCUGUGACAUUCCCCCUUGAUUCGAGCAUGAGUGACUGUCCAGAGCGGAUUACUUUCUCCUUUUCCUUUUAUGUUUUUUUUAUUUUUUCACUUUCCACUUUUAUUUAUAGUAGUUUUAUAUUUGUGGCGUUUUUGUACCAGAUAUAGUCUUGGAUUGUAGGCUAUCGUGUAAUUAUGGGAUAUGUUGGCCAUGCACAAAAUGUUUUUUUUAUAAUUCAGAACCAAAGGGACUCCUCUUAAACACAAACCCUUUUUGUAGUACUUGUAUUGGUUUUGUUCCAUUUGUGAACGAUAUUAACGAUGGUGCAAUAUGUUUCUGUCUGUAGAAAAAUGGUGCCUUUACAUGGACACUAAUUGUCAUGUACGAUGUUAAAGAUCACACAAAAUCUUG